AUGGGCCAUGAUCAUUGAAGGGCCCCAUCAUGCCCUCUCGAGUCAACUUGGGCCUUUGAUUUUCAACGCCAUUCGGUGAACACGUCCUCCUAAUCGUCAAUCCUCUGAAGAAACUAUGCCUACCUUACGUUAGUGGGCACAGGCACAACCCUCUUCGUACCGUUACUCUGAAUGAGUUGGACGACUGCAAGAUUGCCUCAGCUCUUCAAUACACCAUCACUGUUCUCCGAGGCGAACGCACGAACACAACAAUAGAACGUCCUUUCUUUGCUCCAUGUGCUGUUGUCCUCCACAAGACCACGCUGGGCCAUUCGCCGCAUGCACAAACGUCAGCUGCAGCCGUCAUUCACUUCUUACUCCCGCAUUGACUUGACGCGACCGCUCACCCAUCAACUGUCUGCGCAACUCCAUCACCUCUCUUCAAAACCCCAGCCGUUCGCAUGCUGACGCCCUUCGAUCCUUACUCCUGGUACACCAUAACUACCUGCUUCACGGUCCUCUUUUGCAAUUGACAUACCUCAACGGACGACGCUGGCCUACGUUUCUUGUACCUGUCAAAAAGUUCUAUUUUCGGCCGAUUUUGGGGCUCCCGACAAACGCCUGUUUACCACAUUGUCCGAGUCGUGUCUCAACUGCGGGUCAGUGCAGAGACUGGCUAUCAAAAGAGAAGAACAUAUCGCUUAGUCGUCGCUUAAGCCGUUCGGUGUACACAUUUUGCGUUUGUUUGCGUUUCCUGCGCCGCGAGAAGGGAUCAUUAAUGAACUACAUUGUAUCAUCUCAAACGGGGUUCAGUUCGUCCUGAGACAAAAUUUACCACAUGUUCUCAACAGUGCAGGCACACUGGGCAGUACAGAUCGAGGAAAGAGGACAUAAUGGCCACGGCAUUGGAGUCUCCGAUGGCUUUCCCAGAGUCCCCUCUGGAUCCAGAUGACGCUCCAUUUCCCUGCAAAGGCUGUGGACAGAUCCUUGAAGAAGGCAAGGCAUUCGAGCUAGCUGGUAACAGAUGGCACAUUGAUUGCUUCCGCUGCAACACCUGUAACACUGCCCUUGAUUCCGACGCAAACCUUCUACUCCUCGGUGACGGCUCUCUCAUAUGCAACAACUGUACCUACAGCUGCAGUAAUUGCGGCAACAAGAUCGAGGACCUGGCCAUCUUGACCGGAGACCAAGCCUUUUGCGCCAAUUGUUUCAAGUGCCGGAAUUGCAAGAGGAAGAUUGAGAAUCUACGGUAUGCGCGCACAUCACAGGGUAUCUUUUGCAUGGAUUGCCAUGAAGCGUUGAUGGCCAGGCGGCGCAAGAAGAGCGCAAAGGGUGCAGCGCAGCGGUCCAAGCUCUCGAACAGUUCGCAUCUGGACAAGUCACUACCAGCAAUUCCGCCUCCUGAAGCCGGAAAGACUGCGUAUGCGCCAGAGGAGUCGUCUCCCUACCUCGAGGGCUAUGUGGAAGCGCCCAGCGAGGCUCCGUCUGUGGCCAAGACAAUGAGUGAGCUGAGAGACGUAGAUUCCAGGCCUUCCACAGGUGACCAGACUCCUCCGCGAGAUCUGCUCACUCUUCCCUCGACCACCUUCCGCAACAAUAGGCAGUCUGUAAUGUCCCAGCGCUCAGAUCUUUCAGGAGGUGGUGAGGAGUUCUUGAUUCCCCUUGCGUUCGACCCUACAGCGCAGCCAGCCGCUGCAUCACCCGCGAUGUCAAAUCAGCUCACACCCCGCGUGGUGGAAGAGAAGCCCAAAGACUACUUCUCCAGCAGACCGGGGCCGACGUCACAGCCUUCUGUAGCAAAAUCCAACACUUCGAGUCCGCACAUUGCCUACCAAGAGAAAGGACGACAGUCCUCGCGCGAGGCUACUGAGAGAAGUCGGACUGGCGGAAAUGUCAGCAGAUCUGGUUCAACUAGAGCAUCUCCAUAUGCUCUGGCGGAGCGGCCACGAAGGUCUGAAGAUUCUCCUCGCUUGUCGCAGCAACUUGCUCGCAAUAACGAUCCAGCAUCAAGUGACAGAUUCAAGUUACAAGAUGCGCCAAAGACUAAGAAGCUGUCCGGAUCGACUCCCAAUUCACGUUCCGAAGCAUCCACACCUCGAGCAGACCUUGCUGCUGAUCCCAUGGAGCAAUUGACAACCUCAAGGACCCUAGUUGGCUCCGACCUGGGCUCCCCAUCCGAUCGAGGCUUCUCAACGCCACGUCUUUCGAAUGAACCCAGUCCAGCUACGACCGAUGAGUCGCCUAGGCAUGCGCAGUUGCCCGUCACUUCAAUCUUACAGAACCUGCCGAAGAGAGGCGAUUCUCUAGAUAGUGCGAAGCGCAACCAGACAAUACCAAGAAAGGAGCUCAAUUCUGCAGCUAACAUCCCCUCGAGUCUCAGCGCAACUGUGAAUGGUACGACAUCAACACCAAAACCAACCAUGCAACCUACCGAUUUAGCAAGGGCGAAUGGUGGGAAGGUCAUUUCUGGCCCUAUUGGGUCACCCAGCUCCAAGAGUAUCUUUGAUACGGACGAUAAUUCUGUAGGUCUAACGGACCUUCCAAGUGCUGGCAAAGCAGGCAACGAGUCAUUCAUCGACCCUCGAGCGCCACCUCUACCGCCUUCGGAUCAUUCACGGUCACGGAACGAGUCUUUCAAUACGCUAUACUCUGAGAACCAGCGGAACCUGGAAGGACAGAAGUCACCAGGAUUGCCAAGAUACUCUACAGGCGGAGAAUUUACCAUGGACGAGGACAUGGCUCGCAUCAUGUCUGGCGACGAACCUAACGCUCAUGAAUCAUUCCUGAAGAGAGUGUCAAAUUCGGUCCGCCAUGGUCGUAGCUAUAGCGACAAGACCGGUCGUCUUUCUCGUGAGCGGUGGCCUAGGUCACCAGCAGUAGGACCUUCAUCGAUCGGCCAAGAGAUUAGCAGUCCCAGCUCUGCAUCGCCUGAACACCGCGACGAACUUGCCUGGUUCAAGAAUGAGCUUCGGCGCGAAAGACAAAAAACCAUCGAGCGAGAAAAGCGGAUCGCUGAGCUUGAAUCGCACCUUGACUCGACCGCAAACAUCAGACAGAUGAACUCGGAACUCAAGGAAAAGAGGUCGACCAUUGUCGUACUUGACACUCAAAAAGAAAUCGUCGUCCGAGAACUCGAAUUGCUGACGGAGCAUUUGGCGGUCGCAAAGCGCAGUGGCGAGCCAUUUGACCUGACCAAGAUGAGCAACGCUGUCCUUCGCGACUUUGCGGAAGCGUUGGAGAAAUUGAAAAACUCGUUUGCCCCUCAAAUCGAAGAGUCGAUACAGAAGCGCAAUGACUUGGUCGAUGAGAUCGCCAACUUGACCCAAAUGAAGGACAAGAGUUUCAUGGAGUUUGAGCAGCUUUCUUCUAAGAAUGCCCAGCUGGCGGAACUCAACAAUCAAUUGGUCCAUCAGAUUCAGGGUCUGUAUAAGGCCAAUUCUGGUAACCAGCCUGAGCCCAACAAACCAGCCAUGAACGGCCUCGGAAUUUAUUCGCACCACAAAGAAAAGUCGAAUGUCUCCUUCGACUCGAGAGAGACAAUGCGCAACCCAUCAACCGACCUGACAAACAUUGACUCAGCCACCACUUUGCAAGCCGGUGAAGCAGAGCCGGUGACUGUAUUACAAGGCCCGCAGAUGGUUAACAUCAGAAAAGGCCAACCCAGGAAAUUCGACUGGAGGAAGGGACAGAAAGUUGCCAAGGGAGUCACUAAAGGCUUGAAGGGCGCUUUCUCGUCGACACAGCAGAGUUACAGCCGAGACCUCCAAUUUGCUGAAACUGGUUCGUAUGGUGCGCAACCAAUCGGCCAAGAAUACUCAAGUCUACCCAAGUCGAAUCCAGAACCAGUCAAACAGAGCGGCUUCGGUUUCUUUGGCAACCAGAAAGCUGCGCCGAGAUCCAACGGCCUCUACGCUCCUCAAAACAACACCAGUACGCCUUCUUUGCUGGUCGAUGCGUCUACACAACUUUUUGGCUCUGAUCUUGAGCAACGAGCCGAAUUUGAGAAGACUGACAUCCCCAUGAUUGUCAGGCGCUGUGUUGAAGAAGUGGAGUCCAGAGGCAUGGACGUCGAAGGCAUCUACCGAAAGUCCGGCGGGAAUUCCCAAGUCCAACAAGUCAAAGAGUGGUUUGAAAAUCCUUCCAAGGAUUUCGAUCUGUCUGACGAAGACUUGGAUAUCCAUGCUGUGACUUCUGGUCUCAAGCAAUACUUCCGCCGACUGCCGACACCGCUCAUCACUUAUGACGUCUAUGACAAGCUGCUUGACACGACGAGCAUUGCGGAAAAGGACAUCAGGAUUGAAGCUAUGCAACGGGCGCUGGAAGACCUACCACGUGUUCAUUACGACACACUGGAGUACCUGAUUCAGCACCUUGCCAGAGUUGUAUUGCAAGAGAAGGAGAAUCUCAUGACAUCCAUGAACGUUGCAGUGGUCUUUGCCCCUACAAUCAUGCGACCGGAGAGUCUCAAUCGUGAGUUGAGCGAUACUAAGAUGAAGAACGAAGCAGUCAUGUGGAUGGUCGAGAACUGCGAAAGUCUGUUUGUGAAUUGAACCGAAGUCGGUACUUGGACCGUUGGAUAGGGGUUUUUGGAUUGGGAGUGAAGAAGGCGCCAAAAGGAGCUUUCCUUCAUCAUGAUCAACGAUAGUGUUUGUACCAAUUUAUUGAGCCUGGCGUCUUGGGGAGCAGAAGGGUGUGAUCAGGGAAGAUCUGUCGAAGGAGAAGACCAUUUUUGAUGGGGUCUUUUGCGACAUAUUUUGUGCCCAGACUGUCGGCCUGGAAGAGCUGAGCUUGAUACUCCGACCUGAAGUCACACUGCUGUUAGAUUCGUGAGAAGUUGGAUAGGGAAUGAAUUCAAGUUGAACCGAGGGAUCCGUAUUGUAC